AUGUGGAACGGCGAUGGCUUUAGCCUCUUUAGUGGCCCUCCAGCGACGGUAGCCCAAGCAGGGGUCAUUGGCCGGCUGCGCCGGCAGGUCCAGGUCAACAUCCGAGGAACAAUUACCUUUGCUAGUGAUGAGACGGCACAAGAGUUCAUCCGAAGAGUACCAACCAGCCUUAUGGCGAGUGGAAUCAACAUUCGCGUAGACGAAGCCAAUGCGGUCCCAGAGGUCCCAAUCGCUGCACAGCCAGAGAAUGUGGUAGCUGCGCAGGUUCCAGUACAAGAAGUUGCACAGCCGGUGGAGGAUCAAGCCAAUGUAGUAGGUCCAGUACAAGAAGUUGCACAGCCGGUGGAGGAUCAAGCCAACGAGGCUCAAGUACAAGAAGCUGCACAGCCGGAGAAUGUGGUAGUUGAUGUGAUCCAACUGAGAGCAUAUGCGGUAAAGGUGAGGAGAAGAAGCCAACAACGCAAACGUAGAGCUCCGAUCAUCGCUCCGAUCGCUCACAGACCUCCGUCUCCGAUCUACGAAGAAGAAGAAAAGCCGAUCUUCUACAAUUCUUUGAAAAAGAUGCCGAAGCUCCCCCACAAGCUUAUAGAGUGCAAGGAUCUGGUUGAGAUCUCGCAGUUUCUCAAUACUCACUUCUAUGAUAAGAAGCCCCCCUACCUCUGUCCGUCUCACUCCCCUGCUUCACUCCAAUGGUCGCUGCAAACAACCAGAAAUGAGAGCUUGCUUCUUGGGGUAAGAGGUCAGAAGCGUAACGACCUUGUUGGUUUUGUUUCUGCGGUUCCUUCAACGAUGUGGAAGGCUGGUGAAAUUGUGGAUGUAGCCAUCAUCGGUCUUCUCUGUGCAAAGAAGCAGUUGAGAAAAACCUCUGCCAACAUUGCUCGUAACCUGAUCCAGGAGAUGAAGAGAAGACUCAAAGCCAAACGAAUCUCUUUUGCCAUCUUCAGCGCAAAACAUUCCUCUCCCGCUUCCUUCUCUAGGUCCCUUAACACAUACAAUAACUUCUCUAUGGUGAUAGAUGAGAAUUUUGUAGGCGAAACAUCCAUUCCAGGCUUUAGGAAGAUGGAACAAGGUGAUGUCCACGAAGUUACACAGCUACUGCAAGGUUAUUUCUCCACGUUCCAACUUGCGCCAUACUUGAUGGAAGAUGAUGUUGCCCACUGGCUAUUACCGAGAGAAGGAGAAGAUAUGGUGCACACCUUUGUCGUGAAAGACAUUGAAACCGGUCACAUCACUGACGUUUUCAGCGUUUACAUCGUGUACUAUACCUCCUCCCUCCAAAAACCGGAAGAAGAACACUACCUGAAGGUGGCAAAUUCGUAUUACAACGUGUUGACGAAGACGGAACCUCAAACUCUAGUCAGAGAUUUCUUAGUAAGCUGCAAGAAACUUCAGUUUGAUUGUCUUUAUCGAGUCUUUUCAGGUCUAAAGACGUUCCAGGGAGAGCUUUGGUCACAUGGACCAACAGGAGGAGAAAGCAGGCAAAACGGAGCCCAAAGGAGCUCGAUCGAGUCGCCACGGAUCGAUCGACUCACACGAUCACCACUCGAUCGAUCCCAUGCAAAGGAGAGCUCGAUCGAUCCCAUGCAGAGUGACGAGCUCGAUCGAUCCCGUCAGUCUACACUCGAUCGAUCCCAUGCAGAGAAGCUCGAUCGAUCCCGUUCUGUCUCAGCCGUUCGAUCACCCGGUCAGAUGAUAUCACAGCCGUUCGAUCUACUUGGUGCAAACCGACUUGAUCGAACCACAGCGAACCGGAUUGAACCGAAGUCGACCCCGGAGCUAUUUAGACCUAUCUUUAGCCAUUGUUUAGGCUACGCCGUUUUUCAGAGUUUUACACUGUUGUUCAUUGUUUCCGAGGGAGAAGAGAUCAAACCUCUGUUUUCACAGUUUGGAGAAGAUUUCUGA